AUGGAGGUACGUAGUCGCUUUAGCGAAGCUUAUGGCUGGCUGCUGAUCUAUAGGCGGGGGAAAGUCUUGGUGAUUGACCCUCCUCGUGGAACACUUUAUAUAUCUUUGUGUUCCGUGAGUCUAUAUUACCGUAUCGGCAUGUACAGCCCUACUUGGGGGCUUUUGGCAUGGAAAGGGGGAAUCAUAGCAAACCCGUUCAAGGUACUGCAAGAGGGGACAAAGUUAGGCAAUAAAGCACACAGCAAGGUCCUGUCUUUCUUUACCUUUCCAUCGUCCGGCUUCGGAAUCAUUCUCUUGGGUAUCUAUGAGAUCGAGUAUGGAGCACACCUGGUAAUCUCUUUCGAAGGAAGCCCUCAAUACAGAAAGCAAGAGGUGAAUCAUUGUCGUGUGAAUGGGCGAGUCCUUGACCGUGGAUUCUGUCCAGGGGAGCCAGACACAAUCCCUCCGGAUCAAAGUAAGUCAAUGCGAGGUCAGAGAAGAGACGAGAAUUGA